CUUGAGGGCAGAAGUUUAUGUCCUGCUGAACUUUGUAGCACUAGCAGUUUGACAGACGGAUUUUUGUUACAUCUUUUAUAACAUCUCUCGCUGUGUUUCAGCUGAAACAAAUAGCGAGAAUAAAUGUAGUAAAGGACCGGUUUUAAGCACGUAAUGUAAAUCCAGAAGCAGCCUCAGAAGAUGUGGAGUGCUCUAGUGAAUAUUAAUUUUGUAAGUUUAUAUAUGUAUGUAUGUUACUAUGUUUCUUCAAAUUUAAAUAAAAAUUUAGAAAAAUAAGAUGAUGUGACACACAAAGCUCAGUCAACUAUAAAGAUGAAUUAAAGAUGAAUUAGCUCCCUGGUGGUCUGGUGGUUAGGAUUUGGCGCUUUCACCAUCGGUGCCUGGGUUUGACUUCUGGUCAGGCGAUACUUGUUUCCUUGUCAUACCUGAAGCUGUCCUAUCAAUAAAGCCAUAAAAGACUAAACAAUAAUAUUAAUAAAACAUUUUUUUAAAAAACUCAGAAAAAUACCUUUUCCAUCUUUUUCAGUUUGUAGGUAGUAAGACUUGGUUCAGUGAAAUAAUUCCGUUGAAUUGCGUAAUCUAGAGCAGGGCUGCCUAAAGUGGGGCUCACAGGCCGCAAUACACCACACGCCAGGUUUAUUAUUGGAAAAAAAAAAAAAACAAUCAUGCAAGAAAUAAUGUUGAUGUUAUUUUGUUUUUGUGAAGUACAAAUUAUCAUCAUUAAAUGUGUGGGAUCCUCAAAUGUUUAUUAUUUUUCAUGAGCAUGGUGAGUGACACUUUGUUAUGGAAGUCAGUCAGUUAAGAAGAACUUAGGAUCCAAGUACCAUUUUUGCAUUUUUACUGUACAAUACAAUAAGUGCUUGCUUUGGGUAGUCGCCCACUAUUAAGAUUCAGUUUAAAGCCCUCUAUGGGAAGAAGUUUGGGCAUACCUUAUCUAGAGAAUUAGAGGGCAAAUAAUAAACAAAUCAUAACAUAACGUACAACAUAAUAUAAAAAAGGAGAGGAAAGUCAUGUUGUUCCUAUUUUUAACUUCAAAUUACAGUCUACGGUCUUUCCAGGAAAUUUCCAUGAAAAUUACCAAGAAAUUACAGAACCAUAAAAGAAAGUACUUCUUAAUUCACUUUGAAUCGACACCAUUAAAAUUCUACACGCACUUUUCCUUUUGAAACUUUAAAUGCAAAUUAAAUGCAGAGAAUUGUGUGUAGUGUUUUGAAAAAAAGUGUGUUUUAGAGCAGUAAUUUCAGUGUGAAGGAGGAAUCGUGCUUGUAGUUUAGCAGAAUUGGUUCAGGGGUUUGGUGCAUGAGUUACAUGCUGUGGUCAUUGUGUCUCAAAUACCAGUUUUUGUGAGUAAACAAUCGAGAAAAACUGUAAAAGUACGGAUGUGGAUGGUCCCCCAACUAAGUUCACCUUUGGCCCCCAAAUUGCUAAAUCCGGCACUGGGUGCAGCUGGCCAGUCAGGAGCUGUCACUGGAGCUUUGACCGGUGCUGGACCAGCAACGGGAUAUCUGGCCAGCUUUUUCAGAUGACAAUCAUGAAGAAACAAGAAGACUUAAUGAUGUUCUCUUGCAAAAUGAAGGAGGCAAAUGCAACUUGAGAUAUUGUUUCAAACCUCUCCCACUCUGCUCACUGUCUAUUUCAGCUUUUGCCCUCUGGGAGGCGCUAUGGGCCUUUUUUUUCCCACCAAAACAAGCACUCUUUCCUGCUGCAACAUUCUGCCUUUUAACUUCUAAUCCGUCAAUGAUCGUCAAUGUCCAACAUAAAGAUGUGUUAAUAGGGUUAAUAAGAGUGGAUAGUAUAGAUAACACUGGACUCAGUGGUUAACCACUUCUCCAUCAUCACCCUAAGCUGACAGAACUGAGCAAUUUAUUGACAACAGCUUUCAGGGUUGUUGCGUUAGAUGAAGGAUUUUAUAGGUUUAUUCAUGUUUACUAUCCCAUAGGUGCGGCCACACGGCUGCUACUUAUCUGAAAGUAUUUGAUAUUUGAGUGGAAAAGAGGCACGUAUGGAUAUGGAAAUUCAUCGAAAUACGUGUCAUAUAUGUCAGCGUAGCGUAGACGUCACGAAGGUGGGUCUAGGAUCGCGCAGUACCUGGAGAGUAACUGCACAACUGCUCUGCAGCCACCUUGCUCCCGCGAUAGCUUAAGGUCAUGUGACAUCGGAUAAGGAGCAGAAACCACUCCCAUCCAGGUCAUCGUGGACACAUCACCGCUGAGUGAUCCUGAACUCGCCUAAGUUUCUCAGUAAAUGAAACCUAAUCAUCAGCUGGCUAUAUAAAGCCUGGCCCAGCUCACAGCAGAUCAGAACGGACAACAGCAUGAAGCCCUGGGCAGUUGUCAGCAUUGGAGUAGGUGCAACAGUUGCAGUGGUCGGGGCUCCUUUGGCCCUGGGCGCUGCAGGCUUCACCUCAGCUGGAAUAGCGGCGGGCUCCAUUGCUGCUAAAAUGAUGUCUGCUGCUGCGAUUGCUAACGGAGGAGGAGUGGCAGCAGGAAGUGCUGUGGCUGUCUUGCAGUCAGCAGGUGCAGCUGGUCUGUCAGGAGCAGCCACUGCAGCUGUGGGCAGCGCUGGAGGAGCAUUGGGGUGGCUGACUAGCUUCGCCUGGGGAAAAGCAAAUAAUGAUGGCCCGCAUGAUGAUGAUGAUGAUGAUGAUAAUGAUGAUGAUGAUGACCCAGCUGCUGAGCCUAUGUUGAAAGUGACAGAUCUUGCCCUUAAAUAGCAAUACUGUAGUGCAGAAAUACUGUCACAAGUGAAGGUCAUACGCAUACAUUUUUACUUAAAAGUAUUAAGAUGAAAAUGUACUGUAAGCUACAGAAGUACUAACUAUGCCCAAAUGCACUUCUUUGAGAGUAAUAUUAUAAAAUUGGAUCGUAAUUAUUUGUGUAUUGAUGUGGUUUCUCUAAUAAAUGUAAUUGAGUGAAGCACAAUAUUUGGUUGUGCAGUAGAUGUCUAAAGUAAAGCAAAAUGUGGAAAUACUUAAGUGAAGAACCAACAUCUCAAAAUUGUACUGAAGUGCAGUACUUGACUUAAUCUCCACCACUGGGUCUCAGUGAUGGUUAUACAUACUUCAGGUUAUCUGUCACUUGAUAUGUUUACGUCAGCCUUUUUAAAUAUUGUUUAACCUGAACUAACAGUAUUUUUACCUCUUACCCAGUGUAGGAGGUUAUUCCAAAUAAUAUCAUUUUGUUUACUAAACCCCACUUUUGUCAUAUCCGACAGCUGAAAUGUAUUUUCUUAAUAAAUCGUUGACAGCUGCUGGUUCAGUCUGUCAUCUGCACAUAUAUAUUUUCCAUUCCUCAUCAUGCCCACUAGAUGGCCUGAAUGAGGGAAUGAAAUUGUUCACACGGUCAUUAACUUUUUUUAAGUGAAGCAGCUUUAUGUGGAAUAAUCAAUGAUGAAUAAAAUGAUUUUCUGGAAAGA